AUGGAAGACGAAGAAUUUCAAAGAAUUUUCAAUUUUCUUCACAUUAGUGAAACGCAAUUCGUUGACGAAGAAGACAGUUAUCGGUCAGAAUUAUACGAUUAUUUUGAGGAAGGGAAUCAUUAUACAGAAGAAUGUUUUAAUUACUUCAACAACGAAGAGGACGACGAGGAAGUCGAUUUUUGUGAUUAUUGCGAAGAAAGCGGUCAUUGUAUAAAAAAUUGUUCUCGCCACGAAGAUGAAGAUGACGAUGACGAUUAUUGGUCCGAUUCGUACUUCUUGGAAUCUUCACUUCAAGAGAAACCCAAUUUAUGUGAAUAUUGUGGAAACGAAGGCCAUGGCGUAUGGGAAUGUUAUGAACUCGAUGAAAAUAACACUGUCAGUAUUCCUGAAGUGAACUUGAUUUUGGAUUUAAAAAAGAACGAUUUUAGUACUUUGGAGAAGGACAACUCCUUCAAUCAUUCCGAACAGAACAAGUUUUGUGAGGUUUGUAAUGGAGUAGGUCAUCUCUGGAAGGAAUGUCCCAAAUCGCAAAAUACCGUGUUUCUUGGGAAAAAGAGUCGCCAGAGGGAAAGAAGAAAGGAAAAGAAACUUCUCUCUAAUAACAUUGAAAAUGUUGAUUGGGAGACAAUCGGAAAAGUCAAUGGGCUUGGAAAGGAAAAGGAGACUCCAAAAAGGUUUACCAGACGCCAUUAG